UCCCCACCUCCGCUCGCCGAACAAACAUCUCUCGCAUAACACGAAAAGACGAUCGUCCCGCCAAGCCGUCACACAUCCGUCUCUCAAUCAAUCGCUAGUGUCUCGGCUCCCUGAAGCUCGCUUCGCACGGACCAUCCAUCUCUUGGUUGUCUUCUGCUCCAGCCAAGGGAGGUACAAAACCUUUCGACGUACAACGCAACACCAAAUUUUUUUGGUGUCACGCGGAAAUUGGAAAUUUCUUCUUCUUCUUUUGUUCUUCUUUUAUUCUUGAAGGUGUAAGGAGAGUAAGGAAGGAAGGAAAGAAGGAAAGACAAGAUGGCGCUCGAGAAGUCAACACGUCUGAUGAUCAUCAUCGCCAUCUCGUUCUCGUUUUUCGUGGGCGAGAUUUCGGUGGGGUUUUACACGCAUUCGUUGGCACUGGUUGCUGAUGCUUUUCAUUAUAUGAAUGAUCUGGUCGGGUUUAUUGUUGCGCUUGUUGCUACGCAGAUAUCCAAGAGAGAGAAUUCGCCCAAGGAACUCUCGUUUGGGUGGCAAAGGGCACAGUUAUUGGGUGCGUUCUUUAAUGGUGUGUUCUUGCUCGCGCUGGGCGUUAGUAUCUUCUUGCAGAGCGUUGAGCGGUUCAUUUCGUUGCAGAAGGUCGAGAAUCCGAUGUUGGUGUUGAUUAUGGGGUGUGUGGGGUUGACGUUGAAUAUCAUCAGUGCUGCGUUUCUUCACGAACAUGAUCACGGCCCCAAAGUCUCCUCAACAGGCACCAUCUCAGACGACAGUAACAUGGAACUCUCAGACACCAACCACCCACACAAAGACCACCGCCACAUAAACAGCACCCAAACUCCACCAGGCCGCGACCUCGGCCUCCUCGGCGUCAUGAUCCACGUCAUCAGCGACGCGAUCAACAACCUCGGCGUCAUCCUCUCCUCGGCCAUAAUCUGGAAACUCCGCUCCCCAUCCCGCUACUACGCGGACCCCUCCUGCGCGCUCUUCAUCGCGCUCAUGAUCCUCCUCUCGUCCCUCCCGCUCGUCUCCUCCUCCGGCCGCAUCCUGCUCGAGUCGGUGCCCCUCGGCGUCUCGCUCGACGACAUCAAACACGAUCUGGAGAAAGUGUCGGGGGUGCUGUCGAUUCAUGAGUUGCAUGCGUGGCGGCUCAGUCAGCAUAAGGCGUUGGCGUCAGCGCAUGUUCUGGUAGGGAGUGAGAGUUUGAGCGAUUUCAUGAGGAUGGCGGGCGAGAUUAAUGAGUGUUUGCAUGCGUAUGGGAUUCAUUCGACGACGUUGCAGCCCGAGUUGGUGGGUGGGAGUGCGAGUGCGAGUAAGAGGGUUAGGGAGAGGGUUGGGGCUGGGGCUGGGAGGAGGGGGAGGGGACGGGGGUGUAGGGUUAAUUGUGGGAUGGAGUGUGAGGAGUUGAGUUGUUGUGGUUGA